AUCAGCGCGCAUGCGCAAGUGUUAAUACAAUAUUCAGUAUUCAAACUCAUCUCAUCUCAUUAUCUGUAGCCGCUUUAUCCUGUUCUACAGGGUCGCAACAUGCAAACUCCGCACAGAAAGGCCCUCGCCGGCUACGGGGCUCGAACCCGGACCUUCUUGCUGUGAGGCGACAGCGCUAGCCACUACACCACCGUGCCGCCCCGUAUUCAAACUUUUGGCUAAAAUCGCUCUGACGGAGCUCAGGACUGCUUUGGGUGUGUUGGAGAUGGGAGAUCAGUGGACCCCACAGAUGACCGUGAUGUCAGACCCAUGUCUGGACCCAAAAGACCUGUCAAGCAUUUCCCACAUCAGUGUGUCCCAUCAUACUCAUGUGUGUACACAUCCUUCCACACACUCCUACAGUGUGCUGAGCGCCUUCUGUACUGAGAAGAACAUUCUUCAGUGCAUCACCUACAUCAAUCAGGAAGCCAGCUCUCUGGGCCUGUGUGGUGUGUGUGUCGAGUCCAGGAGUGGUUGUAAUGCUCUGAGUGCUGUGCCUGCCUUGAACCUGCUGUAUGAACUUCUCCAGCUGCACAGGAAACAACUGCGUACAUUACAGGAGCUAGAACACUGUCAGCUGAAGAGCUGCAGUGACCUGCAGCACCUGCAGCACAACAACUCCCGCCUCAAAGACCAGCUGGAACACAUCCGCAGGGAGAACGCUGGUCUUCAUGAAGGCGAGCGUCAGCUGCAGCUGAAGAUCAGGACACUGCAGAGCUGCCUGAAGUCUGAGAAAGAGGAAGUACAGAAGCUCCAGAACAUCAUUGCUAGUCGUGCCACUCAAUAUAGCCAUGAUGCCAAACGCAAAGAGAGAGAAUGCACCAAACUGAAGGAACGUUUAAACCAACUACUGGUGGACAAGAGGGACAAAAAACUUGCUAUUGAUGUGGUGAAUUGUGUAAGUCGCUCUGAUGGGAAGAGAGGAAUGUGGAAGACGAGCAGAAUGGAGGUGAGACAUGAGGGUGAGAUGUACCGAGCUCUGCUGAGUGAUUAUGAGGUCAGACAGCAGGCUCUGAUGCAAGAGAAUGCUGAGCUGAAGAAGCUGCUGCAGUACAUGAAGAAGGACAUGGUGUCUAUUCUCAGCCCAAAGACACACUGCAGCAGGGCAGAGGACAGCCUGGACCAGGUGAACUCUGAGCCUGAGGAUGAGUGUGAGGAAUGCAGUAAAGAAAAUCUGGAUCAGAUGUGUGUGGAUGCACGAGAGCAGCUGACCAACAGCAUACGUCUGCAGUGGAGAAGACUGAAGAACCACAUGCACACACUUGACACACAAGUGUCUCAAGAGGAAGUGAUUUCUAGGAGAGACCAUGAAGAAGCCAUGCAGCACAUCAAAGUGGAACUGCAGCAGUGUACAGAGUUUAUACACACACAACAGCAGCUACUGCAGGUACACACAUACACACACACACACACCCCUGCAGUUAGCGCAGAUAAUCCACACUCUGGGUGUGUGUGUGCACGCAUGUGUGAGCAGCAGCUACUCUCCCCGUGUGAUGAGGACACAGCAGCUCUGCUGAAUGAUGGAUACACGCUGGAGGAGCAGGAACGAUUGAAGAGCGAGUGGAGAAUCUUCAGUGAGCAGAAGAAAACCUUCGAGAGGGAGAGAAAGAACUUUACUGAGGCUGCAAUCCGUCUGGGGCAUGAGAGGAAGGUGUUUGAGGAGGACCGGGCCAUGUGGCUGAAGACACAGUUUCUAAACAUGACACCUUUUAUGGAGCGAAAACGACCUGCCACCUCUCACAGCCAAUCAUCUCUCAAUGCUGAGCCUGAAGCCAAAGUAGGGUCUACUCCAUCUUCCUCCGUCAGUGGUGUGUCUCAUCAGGAGUUCUCCACCCAUAAAUCUGCCUCCCUGGAUCUGCCCUCCACUGCUGAGCCUUACUGCACGCUGCAGCAUUGUCCUAAUGCCAGGAGUUGCAGCAGACGCAGCAGCAGCACUGAGACUUCAAGUGACCCAUCCGCUGCAUAUACACACUGAAAGACACCCCCCCAUACACACACUGAAAGAGUGCAUAUACACUCCACACACAAACAUGCAAAGAGAGAAAACACUACACAAACACAUUGAGAAAAUUCUCUCUCUCUCUCUCUCUCUCUCUCUCUCUGAACUGAUGCACAUGUACACACUCCACACACACAGUAGCUUUAAACCUGACACUCCCUAUUCCGUUUACAUGUUUAUUGAUCAAACACAACAGCUGCAGGUAUGAAUGCUAAGUAAUUACUUUUAUGAAGAUAAUGCUACUACUUUGUUGUCAUGCUAAUGCAAUCAAAUGGUGAUAUUUUUGAAUAAAUAUGAGUAUUUAAUGCCAUUGUGUCAUAUAUCAGAGGUAUGGGGGAGGGGGGUUAUGUUUGCAGUAGUUUUAGUACUAUAGUAUUAUAUUUGUAAAGUUUUUCCUCCGGGGGGGGGGUUAAUUAUUAUAGAAGGGUUUUUUUUUUUUUAAUGAGCUGCACACUGCUUUAUUAAACACUAUUUGCAUUUAUGAAAAAUGCACUACAUUGGUGUACUGUUUAGUGGUUGUAGCAGUGUUCAGCACAGUAGUGUGUGAUUUAGGUUGAUUUAUUAUAUGGCAAUUUUUUUGUAUAGAACAAGCGAAAUAAAGGAUUUAUUUAUGUAAA